CCAAAAAUUACUGACGAAGCCAACCGGAAGGCCGGCCACAACGUUGCUCUAAAUUGAACGGGUAGCUCAUCUGUACAUCCCUAAUUUGGGGAUUCCGGACGGGAAAAAACCAUGAACCAUAUACAACAACCAUAGAAGUGAGAAGAGAAGAAGAAGAGGUGAAGAAGAGACGACGCUGCAUGACGAGCUUGGUGAAUUCAGCAGUGAACCCAGUCGUGGGAGACGGAGACGGGACUAUGCAGCAUGAAUCGACCUCUACAUUUGUGAUUUGGAUUGCUGGGGCGUGCGCGGCAUGGUGCUCCUUUAUCCUGCUCGUCCAGCUUAUCGGCUUCACUCAACUUUACCGCCGCUACUCCACAAUCCCAACUCCAGCUGCAUCCCUCGACCUCCCCGAAGAUGAAAUUCCUCACGUCACAAUUCUUCGUCCUGUAAAAGGACUUGAGCCACAGCUAUACGAAUGCUUGGCAGCUACAUUCAAGCAGACAUAUCCUCGAGAUAAGCUGACGAUAUACCUGUGCGUGGCUUCACGUAGCGAUCCAGCACACGCGACACUUCAGAGGCUCAUCACCGACUUCCCUGGGUUCGACGCGAAGGUCUUUGUCGAAGAAGAUGACCCAAACCUCAGCGGGGAUGUUGGGCAGGAGAACAACUUGGGACCAAACCCAAAGAUCAGAAACAUGAGCCGCGGGUACAGGGAAGCCAAGGGUGAUAUUUUGUGGGUAAUGGACUGCAACGUCUGGGUCGGAAAGGGUGUCACUGGGCGGAUGGUAGACAAGCUUUGCGGAUUUGCACCAGGGGGUCGGCGCCUUACGCCUUAUAAACUUGUACAUCAGCUACCGCUUGUCGUGGACAGCGUUGGCGCAAGCAAAGGCGAAGAGGCUCGCGGGCUUCUGACCGACGAAACCAACGUAGAUAGCACAAACAUCCUCCCCACGCGAAACGGCGGACUUUUCAGCUGGGGUGGGGGUCGCCUGGAAGAAAUCUUCAUGGCCGGCUCACAUGCCAAAUUCUACACAGCUAUCAAUACCGUGGCCGUUGCGCCUUGUAUAGUAGGAAAGUCCAAUAUGUUCCGUCGUUCUCAUCUCGACAGCCUCACCUCGGCCGCAACAUCGCCCUAUGCACCAGGUAUCGACUUCUUUUCCAACAACAUCUGCGAGGACCACCUUAUAGGCGAUCUUCUAUGGCGCAACGCUGUGCCUGGGCAAGCCAAUGGCGAGAAAUGGAGAAAUCACGGGCUGGUGUUUGGAGAUGUUGCUAUCCAGCCAAUGGCGUCUACAAGCGUCGCGGACUACAUCGCCAGGCGAGUACGAUGGCUCAGGGUUCGGAAAUGGACUGUUAUACUCGCGACACUCGUAGAACCGGGCGUUGAGAGUAUCCUCUGCUCAGCAUACGCUGCGUUUGCCAUGACUACCCUGCCACCGCUUCGGGAGGCCCUGGGACUGCCAAGCUCGUGGACAGCAUUCUUCAUCGUCUGGUUAAUGUACAUCACCGUCUGGAUGGGUGUUGAUCGACUCACGUACAACAAGCUGCACUCUGUUGCAUCGGUAGAACUGGACGGAGAUACUCCAAGUUUUGCCCGGCCGCCGCAAGGACCAAGGAGGCGUUUCGGGGAAUGGCUUGAGGCGUGGCUUGGGAGAGAGGUGCUUGCUUUACCUAUUUGGGUCUUUGCUGUCCUGGGGGGGACAACGGUGAAAUGGCGUAAUAAGACCUUUUGGGUGGGCAUGGACAUGAAAGUGUAUAAAUAUGAUGGGGAUGAGUCGAAUGAUGAGGCUGUGCCUGGAGGAGUCACAGGUAAGGCAAGGAGUGACUAAAAUAGAUGAGAUUAUUGACUACAAAGUCAAAACGAUAGUAAUGAGAGGUGAGAUAAGCUUAAUGAAAAAGAUAAAAGGGUUGUAUUUGACUCCCUGGUUUAUGGGUUUGCUUUGUGCACGCCAGACUGAGAUUAAUCACAAUUAAAUACCAAAAUACAAGAGAAUACAUGACGCGGCACGAUAUCAAGCGGAUCAUCACAACAAAGAAGCUGAAAUAGCCUAAUACAUCCCAUUUCCACUAGCAAUAUAUACAACCCAAGUCUAUUGUCGUCGAUCUAUCUUUGCUCAAAGGCACCAUCAGUAACGCGCUGGUUCAGGUUCACCUCUGCGGCGUUUCCCUGUGGAAUCAAAGGGUAUGGCGUAGAAGAGAGGGACUCCAGGUAUGUGCGGUGGUGUUCGCUGGCCUGCAAAUGAUGGUUAGAACCCGCUUCAUUGGGAUUUGGGAUGAGAAUUCGUACAAAUGGCAGACCGCAGUAUGUGCAGGUGCUGAUCUCCGGCUUGUCAAGGUUGAUGAAGACCCUGGGGUGGCCCAAUGGUCCUCCACCACCGUCGCAUUCGACUGUCCUCCCGUGGACCCAGCGAACUGGUUGCUGGUGGAUGAGCUCGAUAGCUGCUGCUGGUGCAGGCUGCGGGACAUUAGCAUCUGAGUCUCACAAUAAAUCCCAAUCCCAAUCCCAUCUACACCCAUCUCCCAUUAUAUCGCAAAUUUGUAGCGCGUCCCUCUCUACACCUUUUCCUGCACCUCAUGGGGUAUAUGCUCACCUGCAACUCGACAAUCGUCUGCUCAAAUCUUGGCCCGGACAUAGCGGCUUCCCUCGUCUUCUGGCUCCUCGACCAAGUAGUCGCCCUGUUCGGCUCUUGCAUGGUCCUUAAUCUCUGUGCAUUUUCAAUGUUCUCAUGCACUAGCACAUCAUCCUCUUGCUGCUUCCCUUGAGGUAAUUCAUUUGUCUUCGAAACGUUCGGCACGGAUGCGGAUGAUGCCCUGCUAGAGAUUGACAGGGCGCGGAAAGAGUUUAUCGGGGCCGACGCGCGCGCAGGGCGUGCCAGGAGUAGCGCUGCACGUCUAUUGGCGGUUGAGAGCAUCUUGAGGUGGUGGUGAAAUGCAAUUGAGCAAAGCGUUCUGGUGGAUGAGGUGAAGUUGGAACCUUGAAGUUCGGAGAUAUCCGCU